AUGAAUAAUCCAAUUGAGCCCUCGGUGAGCAAAAAAGUCGCUGUGAUUGGCAGCGGCUGUUCUGGCAUUGCGGCUUUAUGGGCCUUGAAAGGGACAAACCAUGAUGUGUACUUGUAUGAGGCAGACGGUCGACUCGGUGGACACACCAACACGGUGCAAUGGAAAGCUGGCAAGUAUUCCGUAGAUGUCGACACUGGAUUUAUUGUACUCAAUACGGCUACCUAUCCUAAUUUCAUCAAUUUUCUUAAGCACCUGAACAUUACGACUGAGCCAACUAGCAUGGCCCUUGGGGUGUCACGAGAUUAUGGGUCAUUUGAAUGGGCUGGUAAGAGCUUGGCCUCUGUAUUUUGCCAAACCAAGAAUCUCUUUUCUCUCAAGAUGUGGCGCAUGUUGUUCGAUAUUGUUCGAUUCAAUCAAUUCGCCCUGGAUGUCUUGAUCAACGCAGACAUAGAUGCAGGCAAUGGCGGCACCGAGACGAUUGGAGAGUACCUUGACAAGCAUGGCUACUCGCAUGCAUUCCGAGACGGGUAUUUAAUUCCAAUUACAGCUGCUGUCUGGAGCACAAGCCCAGACAAGUGCAUACACCAAUUUCCGACACUAACGUUGAUCAGGUUUCUAUGGAAUCAUCAUAACCUUUCGACCAUUUCUGCUCAGCCAGAGUGGCUCACAUUGAAAGAUGGAUCUAGAUCAUACAUUGACGCCGUCAUGAAAGACUUCCCAUCUGAUCAUGUGUUCCUCAAUAGCCCAGUACAACGGGUUGAGAAUAACGCAAGCGGUCGUGUCGUGCUGUACCUAGAAGAUGGCCGCACAGACACCUUCAACCAUGUUAUUCUGGCUACGCAUGGUGGCCAGGCGUUAUCGAUACUGGGCUCUUCGGCAAAAGAUGAAGAACGGUCUAUUCUCUCUUGCUUCAAGACAUCGCAGAAUGAGGUUUUACUGCACUCUGACCUGACACAUAUGCCUCAAAGGCGCAACGCUUGGUGCAGCUGGAAUUACAUGACUCUUUCGCCCAAAUCAGAGGCCUACACCGAUACAGUUUCUUUGACGUACAACAUGAACAUCCUACAGCAUAUCCCAGAAAACAAAUUUGGACACAUCCUAGUGACGUUGAACCCGCUCCAUCGGCCUGACCCUGCGCUGACUCAAGGUCGUUAUCUCUACUCGCACCCGCUAUACACGUCAAAAGCGGUACGGGCUCAGAAGCAAUUGCCAUGUAUCCAAAAUGUGCGAGGAAUCAGCUAUGCCGGAGCAUGGACAAAUUAUGGCUUUCACGAAGAUGGAUUUAGCAGCGGUCUGCGAGUUGCGCAAGACCAUCUAGGCGUAAGGCUUCCAUUCGACUUAGUCGACUCCACAUUCAGCAGGGGCAAGAAACCAGAGCUAGGCAUAGUUGACUAUCUUCUGCGCUUCGUUAUCAUUCUUGUUCAAGUGCUUGUUGUUCAAACUUUGGAGCUACUAGCAGGUGUCAAAAGACGGCCAGAAGGCAAGCAGAUGCUUGAAGGGGUAAAGCAGAGAUGAAUUUGCAGGGGCUAUGGACAACAUACAAGACAGCCAUCCUUUAGAAAACUGGUGCGGCGUCAAUGAUCCAGUUUGUGCUGAC